AAGACUCAGGAAGGUAAAAACAGGGCAAAGAAGGCAGCGGAUACAAAGCAAAAAAAGACUGAUUUGGAUUCCACUUCUGCAGACAUGAGGGAUUCUAAAGAGGGUCAUAAAGAGGAAGAUGAAACACCUUCUGUUUCUGCUGUGCUGUCCCUGGAACAAACAGCUGUGAUUCAGGAAAUGGUAAAUCAAGAUGUCCUUCCAAAGCUGAUGAUCCCCAGUCCAACCAGUGAGCCACAAGUGGUAACUGAAGACAAACAAGGAGAAGCAAUGAACUGUGCAUCAGAUGAUUUAGAUGAUGAUGAAGAGGAGGAGGAUGAAGAAGAGGAGGAUGAGGAGGAGAUAGAAGAUACCAAUUUGCCUAAAGAAAAUGCUGAAAUGCCUUUGAUAUGUGAAGAAAAGUUAGACUCUAUAGAGGAGCAAAAGAGUAUGUCAGAGGAGUCUCCAGAAAGCUCUCCAAAGAAAAAACUGGUGGUGAAAAUCCCAAAAGCGAGAGGGGAAUCCAACGGUGAUGUUCAGGAAACAUUCAUGUUUCCCUGUCAGCAUUGUGAGAGGAAGUUUACAACCAAGCAGGGACUCGAACGCCACAUGCACAUCCACAUCUCCACCCUCAGCCAUGCCUUCAGGUGUCGCUACUGCGAGAAGGCCUUUGGCACCCAGAUCAACAGGAGGAGGCACGAGCGGCGCCAUGAGGCAGGGCCAAAGAGGAAACCCUUCCUGACACUAACCUCAUCCCAGCACUUGGACAACGUGGCUGAUAACCAGGUGAUUGUGGAUGAUGGUCUCAAGGAUGACCUGAACAUUUCCGGCCUUGUGCAAGACUCUGUUGUCUUGGACUCUGAGAAAGUUGCCCAAGAAAUGUCCAACUCUGCUUUUGCUGAGGAGAACAAGGAGCCCAAAGAAUUGCAUCCGUGCAAGUACUGCAAAAAGGUUUUUGGGACUCACACCAACAUGAGGAGGCAUCAGCGGAGGGUCCAUGAGCGUCACCUCAUUCCCAAAGGAGUCAGAAGAAAAGGAUUCUUCCCUGAGGAACCCCCGCUGCCCGUGGAGCCCACCCCGGCGGUGCAGAGUGUGUACAUAGCCAGCACUGAAAUAGAGGAGGAAGGGGAGGUAGAUGAUGUUUAUAUCAUGGAUAUUUCCAGCAAUAUCUCUGAGAAUUUAAAUUAUUACAUUGAUGGUAAGAUUCAGUCCAACAGCAGCACUAGCAACUGUGAUGUGAUUCAGAUGGAGUCCAACUCUGCAGAGCUGUAUGGGUUGAACUGUAUCAUCAGUCCAGUCACGGUGGAAAUCUCUUCCAAUUUAAAGGUUACACAAACACACGUGGCUGAGCCUCCCAAGGAAGCCUCCAGCAGUGGGAGCAAUGAGUCCAAAAAGAGAAGAACUGCCAGCCCUCCUCUUGUACCAAAAAUAAAAACUGAAACAGACCCAGAACCUAUAACUCCUACUAGUUCUUUAAAUCUUCCUCUUAGCAUUUCAACAGAAAGCUUAACUUUUCAUAAAGAAAAAGGGGUUUAUUUGUCAUCCAAAUUAAAGCAACUUCUGCAGACCCAGGAUAGCAAGAAGAUAACUCCAUCAAGUGAAGUCCCUAAACUAGGACCUUCUGUUACAUCAUCACCUAUUUUGCCUCCAUCGUCCAGUAGAUUUAAAAGAAGGACCAGUUCUCCUCCCAGUUCUCCCCAGCACAGUCCAGUGCUUCGAGACUUUGGCAAAUCAGGUGAGGGAAAAACUCUGUGGAAUGAUAAUAUUCGGAGUUCAAAAAUGCCAAAGUUAGAAAGCCACAGCAACUCACCUGCUUGGAGCCUGACUGGGAGGGAGGACAAGGAGACCUUGAGCCCUCUUUGCUUUGAAGAAUAUAAAGUAUCAAAAGACUGGACAGCAGCUCCAACUUUUGGCAACGUGUGCAACCAGCAGCCACUGGACUUAUCCAGCGGGAUGAAACAAAGGGCUGACGUCCAAAGUAAGACUCAGGUUCCCUGGGAAUCUGUUUUAGAUUUAAGUGUGCAUAAGAAGCCUUGCAGCGAGGCUGAAAUUAGGGAAUACAAAGAGAAUUCCAUCCAGCCAACCUGUAGUGGGGUUAAAAAGAAGAAACCAACCACUUGCAUGCUACAGAAGGUUCUGCUGAACGAGUACAACGGGACGGACGCAGCACCGGACAGCGCGGACAGCGGUGUGAGCCCCGGCAAAGCUCUGGAGCCUCCAGCAGAUCCCAACGUGGAUCCCAGUCCCUCAGCAUCAUCCUCUGUGGACACUCAGCCCCUCAGUUCCUCAGCUUCCCCCGUGCCCCAGGCAGCUGCAGGCCCUGCUGUGUGCCAGCUGCCCCCGUUGUUGACACCCACCAACCCUCCUUCCCCCCCGCCCUGUCCCCCCGUGCUGACAGUCGCCACGUCACCUCCUCCCCUGCUCCCGACCAUGCCACUAGCGGUUCCAGAUGCCUCUGCCAGUGCCACCAACGCUUCCUCCUGUCCAUCCCCACUCUCCAACACUACUACCCAGUCCCCACUGCCAGUUCUUUCACCUACAGUUUCUCCUUCUCCGUCUCCUGCUCCUUCUGUUGAGCCUCUUAUUUCUGCUGCUUCGCCCGGCCCCCCUACACUCUCUUCCUCCUCUUCCUCCUCCUCUUCCUCCUCUUUCUCCUCCUCCUCAUCUUCAUCCUCUCCAUCUCCACCUCCUCUUUCUGUCGUUUCUUCUGUUGUUUCCUCUGCUGAUAACCUUGAGAGUACUCUCCCAGUGAUAAAACAGGAGGAAGCUGAGAACGAGCAGCAGAAAUCAAGAGAAGAUCCUCACACGUCAAGCGAGUCAGGAGUAGUGCAGGAAACAUUCAACAAGAGCUUUGUGUGCAAUGUCUGUGAAUCACCUUUCCUUUCCAUUAAAGACCUAACGAAGCAUUUAUCCAUUCAUGCUGAGGAAUGGCCCUUCAAAUGUGAAUUCUGUGUCCAGCUUUUUAGGGAUAAAACAGACCUGUCAGAACAUCGCUUCCUGCUCCAUGGAGUAGGGAAUAUCUUUGUUUGCUCAGUCUGCAAAAAGGAAUUUGCUUUUUUGUGCAAUCUGCAACAGCAUCAGCGAGAUCUCCAUCCAGACAAGGAGUGCACACAUCAUGAGUUUGAAAGUGGGACUUUGAGACCCCAGAAUUUUACUGACCCCACGAAAGCCAAUGCAGAGCACAUGCAGAGCUUGCCAGAAGAUUCUUUAGAACCUUCUAAAGAGGAGGAAGAUGAAGAUCUAAAUGAUUCCUCUGAAGAGCUUUAUACUACUAUAAAAAUAAUGGCUUCUGGAGUCAAAUCUAAAGAUCCAGAUGUUCGUAUGGGCCUCAACCAACACUACCCAAGCUUUAAACCACCUCCAUUUCAGUAUCACCAUCGCAAUCCUAUGGGUAUCGGAGUUACUGCGACAAACUUCACUACCCACAAUAUUCCCCAGACUUUUACUACUGCCAUUCGCUGCACAAAAUGUGGCAAAAGUGUUGAUAACAUGCCUGAGCUACACAAACACAUAUUGGCCUGUGCAUCUGCCAGUGACAAAAAGAGAUACACCCCUAAAAAAAAUCCAGUGCCCCUCAAACAGACAGUGCAGCCCAAGAACGGUGUGGUGGUCAUCGCUGGGGCUGGGAAGAAUGCCUUCAGGAGAAUGGGGCAGCCUAAAAGACUGAACUUCAAUGUGGAGAUCAGCAAAAUGUCCUCCAAUAAACUAAAAAUAAGUGCAUUGAAAAAGAAAAACCAACUGGUGCAGAAAGCUAUCCUGCAAAAAAAGAAAUCUGCCCAGCAGAAGGCAGAGUUGAAAGCCAAUCCAUCCGAGUCAGACCCUCACAUCUGCCCCUACUGCAACAGAGAGUUCACCUACAUUGGCAGCUUGAACAAACAUGCCUCGUACAGCUGUCCCAAAAAACCCAUUUCUCCCUCCUCUAAGAAGAAUUCUUCCAAAAAGAGUGCGAGUUCCUCCCCUGGCAGCAGCGACAAGGGCGGCAGCCAGCGCCGGCGCACAGCGGACGCCGAGAUCAAAAUGCAGAGCACACAGCCACACCUGGGCAAGACGAGAGCGCGAACCUCAGGGCCUGCACAGCUCCAGCUUCCCUCUGCCUCCUUCAAGUCCAAGCAAAAUGUUAAAUUUGUCCCUUCCAUGCGAUCCAAAAAGCCAAACUCAUCGUCGUCACUGAGGAACUCUAGUCCGGUGAGAGUGUCUAAGAUGUCCCACGUGGAUGGGAAAAAGACUAAGGUGGUCACUAAGAACAGCUCCUCCUCGGGGAUGUCCAGCAAAGCAUCCAGGAAACUGCAUGUCAGGAUACAGAGGAAUAACAAAGCUGUUUUGCCAAGCAAAUCUGCUGUGGGGAGUAAGAAAAAGGCAGACAGGUUCAGUGUAAAGUCUAGAGAGAGGAUUGGAGGACCCAUCACACGGAGCCUGCAGCAGGCAGCAAACGCAGAGGCAGCAGAAAGCAAAAGAGAUGAAAGCAGUACAAAGCAAGAACUGAAAGAUUUCAGCUACAGGCUCCGCGUGGCCUCUAGAUGUCUCUCCUCCUCCUCGCAUAGCACCAGCACCAGGCACUGCAAGAAAUCCAGCUGCACCUCAUCCCACGUCCUCAAGGAAUAG